GAGGACUUUGCAAACACUCGACGACACCAUCUCCCCUCGCUAAGACACGCGGAGUAAUUCUCCUCAGGCACGAGUCGGGACCAUGAUGAUCCCAAGCGUCAUCGCGCCCCCCGCCCUCUACCCGGGCCUCUACCGGCCAGCGGCUCUCCCGCUUCACCACAGCUUGCCCGCCGCCUUGCCGACCCACUCCAGCUUCCUCGUGGAAGAUCUACUCCGGAUAAGCCGACCGGCCGCCUUCCUGAACCGGACGCUGCCGAGCGCCGCCACCACCUGUUCUUUCGCGGACGUGCGCAUGGAUCGAGGUUCGCCCACCGUGACGCGCGAGUCGUGCUCGCCCAAAACUUCAAGCAGCAAGGACGCCACUUUCCUCAAGUUUGGAGUGAGCGCCAUCCUUGCGCCGUCACCAAAGACACGUAAGUUCUCCCGCGGGUCUGCGCGUCGCGGCAGCGCGCUCCAAUCUAACUUGUCCCGUCCCUCCGCAGCGCCCUCCCCCCAGACGCUCCACAGCAUGCACUCCAAGAGCUUCCACGUCCCCUGCUUUGACGGAACCUUGCAGCCCAUGUUCCGGACGCCUUACUUACACCCAGCAUCCUCUGCCGUGCCAAUCCCGGGAACUUUCUCGUGGCCACUGGCCGCCAGAGGGAAGCCCCGCCGAGGGAUGCUCCGGAGGGCUGUCUUCUCCGACGUGCAGCGCAAAGCUUUGGAGAAGAUGUUCCAAAAACAAAAGUACAUCAGCAAGCCGGACAGAAAGAAGCUGGCCUCCAAACUCGGCUUGAAAGAUUCACAGGUGAAAAUUUGGUUCCAGAACAGGCGAAUGAAGUGGAGGAACUCGAAGGAGCGCGAGCUGCUCUCAUCCGGCGGCUGCCGCGAGCAGACGCUACCCACCAAGGCCAACCCGCACCCGGAUCUCAGCGACGUGGGCAAGAAGUCUGAAGACGACGAGGAGGACGAGGAGGAGACAUUUGGCAGGCAGACGACAGGUUCCUGCGGCGUCUCGUCGCCGUCGCUCUCCAGCAAGCACUCGGACUUCUCAGAGUCAGACGAAGAGGAGAUCACCGUCUCGUAGUAUUCCACAUUCAACAAGACUUUUCCAGGACACAUUUGGAAGAAGAUACCGCUCCAACUCACGACGCCGAUUAAUUUCCCAUUCAAAACGUUUCAACGCAGCGCAUGCGCACUCGCACCGGACAGAAUCUGCUUCUGAGCUACCAUUUUGCUGUUUUUGCACAGCUUCGUUCCAAUGUACAGCGUUUUGUACAAUUUUGUAUGGAAUUUUAUGCCAAUUGAGUUCAUUUUACCUUCACCCUGAAUAGAGUUGUUUAUUGAAAAAGAUGUAGCUAUUUCAUUAAUAAUUUAUAUGAAUUUGUUUAAUACGUAUGGUGUAUAUAUGUUCAUUUGACUUUUUUGUACAAAUACCAAAUAAACAUGUACAUUCAA